AACAAGGAAGCUAUUAGUUGCGCUCUCACAUCCCAAUGCCGGAUGCCACGAAUGCCGGAGCGCCGCCGAUGGAUGCGCUGGCGACGGCAGAGCAGCUGGAAGAAGCCGCAGAGAAGCGGAUCUCGGAGGGCAGCUGGGACUACAUCAUGGGAGGGGAGGCAGACACCAUCUGCCGGAACCGCACUGCCUUUGACCCCUGGCUCUUCCGACCCCGAAUCCUGCGCGAUGUCUCAGAGAUAGACCUGAGCUGUUCGCUCUUCGGUGCGGCGUGUGCCACGCCGAUCUACUUGAGCUCCGUGGCCAAAGGAAGACUCGUGGACCCCAAAGGCGAAGCAACCUUUGUGCGUGCAGCCGAGCGACUCCGGAGCCGCUUCCUGGUGCCCACUGUGUCGAGUCUGCCGCUGGAGGAGAUCUGGAAAGCCUCGAAGCACUCCCAGGCCUUUCAGAUCUACCUCCUGACCAACGACGAGAACUUCGCCAUGCCUGCCGGCUUGGCUGAAGCGUUGCGCCUAGGCGUGAAUGCCUUGGUCUUGACCGUGGAUGCCAACGCACCCAGGCAUGGCGCUCUGCACCGAUUCACUUCGGCCGGCACGGGGGUUUUCCCCUCGCCAUUGCUGGACUGGGAGAAGUUCAAAGAGAUGCGGAAGAGCUUCCCGGUGGGUGUGCCGGUGUACCUGAAGGGCGUCCAAUGCGCGGAAGACGCCCUGAUGGCGGUGGAGCUAGGCCUUCAAGGCGUCGUGGUCUCAAACCACGGCGGCCGCGCCUGUGGGAACUCGAUCGGAGCGCUGGAGGCGCUGCAGGAGAUCAGUGCGGCGCUACGAGAAGCAGGACAUCUAGGCCCGAACAGCACGUUCGAGCUCUACUUCGACAGCGGCGUCCGCUGUGCAGCUGACGUGGUGAAGGCUCUUUGCCUGGGUGCCAGAGGUGUGGGGCUCGGCCGGCUGUACUACUGGGCGGCGGCCUGCCAUGGCGAGGAGGGUAUCGUUCAAUUGGUGGAGCGGUUGACCUUCGAGGUGCGACGCUGCAUGGCACAGCUGGGCUGUCGACGCCUCAGUGAGCUGGGUGUGGCGUGCUUGGCGAAGAGCGAGGGGGGCGGAUUUUCCCGGAGGUUGGAUGACUAUGGGCGACCCAGGCUGUGAAGAGCCUAAUUUCUGAUGCAACCUGACCAACCGAUACGGCAAUGCGACUGCCUCCAGCCUAAUAGCAAACUAUAUAUGUAAGAUUAUGUAAGACCUUUCUUCCUUUGUUUCUUAUAGCGAUGGCCUCCAACCUAAGGGCGAUGGCCUCCACCAGCGAUGGUCUCCAACCUAAGAUCUUGGGGCCUAAACCCAUGAUAGUUGCAAGCUUGGACUGGAAACUGCUGGGAUGCCAUGUGAAAAGUUC